AUGUACAGCGAGCGGCAGAUCAAUAUAAAGCCACCAGCUGCAGCUGCAGAGUCCGCUGGCAAUGCGGAUGACCAUGAUAAAGAAGACCAGCCACCGAAAGUAGAGUUCAAGCAGGUUGUCGAAGAGGAUGCAGUCUACUCAAAACGCUGCAAAGUGUUCGUAAUGAAGGGUGCGGACUAUGCCGAUCUAGGAGUGGGCAUGUUGCAUUUGAAGUUCGUGAAGGACUCGGCUAAGGCGCAGCUGAUUGUGCGUGCCGACAACAAUAUUGGUCAGGUCCUGAUCAAUCUGAUGGUCAGCAAUGGCCUGCCCUGCCAACGAAUGGGCAAAAACAAUGUAAUGAUCAUGAGUCUGCCCAUUCCGGAGCACACCAAAGUUGUGUCGAUUCUGCUGCGUGUUAAAACUGCGGAAGAGGCCUACGAGUUGUUGGCGAAACUAAAGGACUACACCAAGAUAAGACUCGCACGGCAAAUUCAUGUUAUUUGA